UUGUCGGUUUUUAAUUGGCAGAAGAAGUACUUAUUUAUUUAUUAUAAUAAACAUAGUAAUAAAUAAUAAUUUAAUAUUUGUCCAACACUUUAACAAUUAUUUUCAGCAAAUCUGAUAAAAACCAUGGCAAACACAAAUCAGUUACCAUCAUCCUAAAAAGAAAAGUUAGGAAUUUUAACCUAACCUAUAUCCAACCAAGAUUAUAUUAUUAUGAAUUGUUUUUAUAUACCAAAAUAUAACUAUUUAAGUAAUUUUAACUUUUAAACGAUAUAUAUUGCUGAAACGAGCAACUAAUCCUAUGUCGAAACUGCAUAAACCUAUUUUAAAUUUGAAACAGUUUAUCCUAAAGCAAGAAGUGAAAACACUAUACAGAAAAAUUUUCCGUACUAUUAAGCAAGUACCCGACGAAAUGUACAGAAAAGAACUAAAAGAAUGGACCAGAACUGAUUUUAGGAAUAACUCACAUCACACUGAUGAAAUAAUCAUUAGAUCUUGCCUAACUUAUGGGGAAAGGUGUUUGAAAGAACUAGAAACAAGUUUAAAUUUAGCAAAAUAAUUUAUUAUACUUAUUGUAUAUAAUAUAUUGUAAUAUAAUGUACAAAAAUG